UACUUUUGACAUCAUCACCGGGGGACUCCUCCUUGCUCCCCUGAGGUAUAAAGGAUUUCUUGUUUCCGUGGCAGCACGUCAUAGCAACAUCACACCCUCUCACAGGUGCUCCCACUUUUCAAGGACGCCAGAACCACAGAGGAGGAGGAACCUCACUGCGAUCUCAGGACUCUCGAUCCACGUUCUGUUCCGCCGUCACAUCACGAGCCGGCAUGUCAAUGGGCCUGGAGAUCGUGGGCAUUGCCCUUGGAUGCAUUGGUUUCAUCAUUGCAAUAGUUUCCUGCGCCCUGCCAAUGUGGAGGGUGACGGCUUUCAUCGGAGCCAACAUCGUAACUGCUCAGACCAUCAUGGAGGGCUUGUGGAUGAACUGCGUCACCCAGAGCACCGGCCAGAUGCAGUGCAAGAUCUACGACUCGCUGCUAGACCUGUCUCAGGACCUGCAGGCCUCGCGAGCAAUGAUGAUCAUCGCCAUCAUACUCGGGGUGCUCGGGGUCAUGAUCUCCAUCGUCGGCGCCAAGUGCACCAACUGCAUCGAGGACGAGCCGUCCAAGGCCAAAGUGAUGAUCAUCGCUGGAAUCUUCUUUUUACUCGCCGGCCUUUUGGUUCUCAUCCCUUGCUCCUGGACGGCCAGCGUCAUCAUUCGGGAUUUCUACAACCCCAUCUUGAGCAGCCCACAGAAGAGGGAGAUCGGGGCGUCGCUCUACAUCGGCUGGGGAGCAGCCGCCCUGCUCCUGAUUGGGGGGGCGAUGCUGUGCACCAGCUGCCCGCCAAAGGAGAAGAAGUACAAGCCGCCCCGGAUGGCCUACACCGCCCCGCGCACCGCCAGUGCCGGUGGAGGUUACGACAGGAAAGACUAUGUUUAAACAGGAGUGUUUGAGGGAAAGGUUCGGAGAGCAGGAUGUUUGUUGCGCCCGGUGGGGGUUUUUGUUUGUCAGUGUUGUGUUUGGCUGUAUGAAACCACGGGUGAACCCCACGAAAAGACUCCGAAAUGAAGAAGCGUGUAUGCUAAAGAUUUUUUUCUGCUCUGCGUUCGGCCGACGUUUUCGUUCACAGAACUAAGGUUCAGCCCUGCUAUGAUGCAGCAGCUGUGUCUUGUUACAACGUUUUUUUGUAUAUGAACAUUUUGUUCUGCUUUCUAGAAAGAGAUCCUUUAAUUUUCUGAGAACGUGCUGUAUUUAUGCUUCACUUUCUGUGACAUUUUAUGAAUCCAGAACACCUACUUCUGGUGAUUGUGUGUCACCACAUCAUUAGCAGCCAGCCUGCUGGUGUCGUGUUUCACUGAUACCUUCAGUUGAAAUGCUCUGUGUCGCUGACAAUGACAAGAAAAGGGUUGCUCUCAUUUUACAUGGAUUUGCUUGUGUGAUUGUUCAGUGUGUGUGUGUGUGUGAGUGUGUGUGAUAGUGAGGCUCUCUGUCUGUGUGUGUAUGUGGCUGUGUGUGUUUUGCAUGUAAUAUUUGCUUAGGAGAGUUUCUACAGAGACAGAAACUAAAGACGGAUCCAUGAUAUGGCUCCAGGAAACACCUUUAUCUCCCAUCCCACAGUUUCACUCUUUACGGAAAAGAAAUAGCUUUUUCAGUUGCGUCACAAAGACUUUGUGUCUAUAAAUGCAAGUUUAUUUUAUAUUUCUUGUAAUGUGUUGUAUUGUAACACUCCACUGUGUGUCUGUGUUUGGAAUAGAUUGAUGUUGGCUGUUUCUUUGUAAUAUUUUUUUUUUUUUAUUAUCAUUAGCAACAUCCUUUACAAAGAGCCAAAGGUCCUCUGUCUGUGUGUGUGUGUGUGUGUGUGUGUGUGUGUGUGUGUGUGUGUGUGUGUGUGUGUGUGUGUGUGUGUGUGUGUUGCCUGAGGCAAUAUGACUAAAGGUUUGUUUGUUUUGUUUCCACGUGUGUUAUUUGGUCGAUAUUUUUCAGAUAAUUCCAAUUAAUUUCCAUCUCUCUGGUGUUCAGUUUAACAAGGUUUUGUUCUUUAGUAUCCAAACAUUGUAAAGGGGCGGAUUGAUAAAAUAGUUGCUUCGUUGAUUGUUUUGUAGUAGUUCUUGUUGUGCGUGUUGAAUAUUUCAAUAAAAGUCAAACUAAGAAUCAUA